GGUGUAUUACAUCGGACAUUUGAAAUGUCGGAGGACUAUGUGGUCGUCAAAUACGAUUAUUUAGCACAAGAGGAACAGGAGUUGACGAUAAAAAAGAACGAACGGUUAAAGCUGUUAGAUGAUAGCAAAAACUGGUGGAAAGUAAUGAACGAUUCAAACAGUGUUGGAUUUGUGCCUUCAAACUACGUGCGAAAAGAAUCAAUUGUGGACAAAGCAAAAGGAACAAUCAAGGGCUUAGCGCGAGGUCGCAACCGAUCCUCAGAUCCGGAGCCGGAGGAGCGAUUAAACGGCAUCGCGCGUCUAGCGUUCAGCUUGAAUAACAACUGUGCGGUGACACCAUCAUCCAAUAAGAUUCCUAUGAUGAGCUCGAAAACGAAAGCUGUGGUGAAAUUCACUUACGAGCCAAGACUUGAAGAUGAGCUCGGUCUCACAAAAGGAGAUUUCGUUUAUGUCGUCGAGAAAAGCACAGAUGGGUGGUGGAAGGGAGAAGCACCGAAUGGAGGAGUCGGAUGGUUCCCGUCAAACUAUGUGGAGGAAGUUGAAGCUUCGACAAACGGAAAUCAGGGAAGCAUUGAGAACCGAAACCCAGCAGCUGCAGCAGUUCCAGCGCCCAUAAUGAUGCAAGCACCACCGCCGAAGCUCCAGGCGUCACGGUCUUCAUUUGAAAUUCAGGUCGUCGUUGCAUUGUACUCGUUCGACGCAUCAUCAUCUGAAGAACUAUCGUUCAAAAAAGGAGAACGGCUCGAAAUCGUGGAUCAUCCAGAACAUGACCCCGAUUGGUGGAUGGCGCGCAACGCCAGUGGAACCACAGGGCUUGUGCCAAGAAAUUACAUUGAGGUGGUCAACGACUCAUCAUCCAGCAAAGCUUCACAUCAAGAUUUCGCACCGCAAUAUUCAGGAAACGGAGAAAUUCCGAUGGAGCAACAGCCGUGGUAUUUUGGACGCAUCUCGAGGGAACGUGCUGAAGAUCUUCUACUACAUGGUCGUGAGGGAGAGUUUCUGGUCAGAGAUUCGGAGAGCAAUCCUGGAGACUUGUCGAUCUCAAUGCGCGGAAUCGAACGCAACAAGCAUUUCAAAGUGCAAAACGUGGAUGGUCUCCUGAAAAUUGGAAACCGAACGUUUGUGGACAUGAAUGCUCUUAUCAAUCACUACACAACCAGCCCAAUUUUCUCGUCGCCAACGGAGAAGCUGUUUUUGACCGGUCCUCUUCCCAAGUAAACUACUUGUUCAAAAUUUCAAUGCAAUAUUCUUAUAAGCUCAUUCUUAACAAUUGUUGUUUUCUUGUCUUCUUUGCAGCAAUCCAUUUUUUUUCUGGACAAAGCAAGUGAAAAUCUCUUUCGUCAUUUCUAUCACUAGCCCUGUGUUUAGAUAUGUUUACUGAUUUGCCAUCCGCCGUUUUUGAUAAAUUGAACGGUUGAUCACGGUUUCAGAUAUAUUUCUCAUUUUUUCUUUGGUUCUUUUUCUUUUCAUUCAAGUUUGUAAUUUUAUCAAAUAAUUGUCCUUAACUCACACUUUCCAUUCAUCUCUUCUUCAAUUGUCUUUUGCUCCACUUCACAACGCUGCGUUGUUUCAGAAUAUUAUUUUCAAUUCCAAUUGCCAUAUGUGAUAACUGUAAAUGAAUUUUCAAGUGGGCAUA